CAGUUCCUGUGCUCCAUCUGUCUGGAUGUGUUCACUCAUCCAGUCACCAUACCAUGUGGACACAACUUCUGUAAAGCCUGCAUCACUCGACACUGGAACGUCAAUGUCCCCUAUCAGUGUCCCAACUGUAACCAGCGUUUCUCCAGCAGACCUGAGCUGAAGGUCAACACCUUCAUCUCUGAGAUGGCUGCUCAGUUCAGACAGGCAGCUCUGGAAGAAGAAUGUGAAGGAAAGAAGGCCGAGAUGAAGAAGACUGAGGCUGAAACCAAGGAGAUGAUCCAGAAGAGACGCCUGAAGAUUCAGGAGCUCAAACACUCGGUGCAGCUCAGUGAGGAACAAGUAGACAGAGAGAUAGCAGGUGGUGUUCAGGUCUUGACCGCUCUGAAGGAGUCUGUUGAGAGAAGCCAGGCCGAGCUCAUCCUCACGAUCAAAGAGAAGCACAGAAACACAGAGAAACAGGCUGAAGGCUUCAUCCAAGAGCUGGAACAGGAAAUCUGUGAGCUGGAGAAGAGAAGCACUGAGGUGGAGCAGCUCUCACGCUCUGAAGACCACCUCCACCUCCUCCAGAGCCUCAGGACCCUGAAGGCUGCUCCACCCACCAAGAACUGGACCGGAGUCAGAGUCCGUCCACCUUCCUAUGAGGGGACAGUGAUGAGAGCUGUGAAGCAGCUGGAGGAGACGCUCAGCAAUCAGAUGAAGAAGCUGUUUGAGGGCGAGAUGAAGAGGGUCCAGCGGUCUGCAGUGGAUGUGACUCUCGAUCCUUAUUCAGCACAUCCUGAACUCAUCCUGUCUGAUGAUGGAAAACAAGUUAAACUUGGUAAUGGAAAGAAGAAUCAUCCAAACAACCCAGAGAGAUUUGAUCGAUGGUGUAAUGUCGUAGCAAAGCAGAGUUUCUCUUCAGGAAGAUCUUACUAUGAGGUUCAGGUUGAAGGAAAGACAGCGUGGACUUUAGGAGUGGUGAGAGAGUCCAUCAACAGGAAGGGAAACAUCACAGCGUCUCCUCAGAAAGGUUUCUGGACGAUAUGUUUGAUGAAUGAAAAUGAGUACUCAGCUCUUGCUGACCCUCCAGUCCGUGUCUCUCUGAGGUCUCGGCCUCAGAAGGUGGGGGUGUUGGUGGAUUAUGAGGAGGGUCUGGUCUCCUUCUAUGACGUAGAUGCUGCAGCUCUUAUCUACUCCUUUACUGGCUGCUGCUUCACUGAGAAACUCUUCCCAUACUUUGGUCCAAGUGUUAUUCUUCGUGGUAAAAACGCUGUUCCUCUUAUCAUCACUCCUGUCAAACACACUGAGAACCGACCCUUUGGUUUGAAACCGAAAGCAAAUCCUGCUCAGUAGAACCGACCCAUUGGGUUUAAACAGAAAGCAUCACAACUGUUUAAUUAAAUUCAUGUACAUUAUAUUAAUCAGUGAUGUUUGUUAUAUGCAUUCAUUUUUCAGAUUGUGAACAAUGUAUUUUUCAUUUCUUUCAUUGAAUAUUUCCCUCUGAAGAGUCACACUGCUGCUGAAGGCAAAAUAAGAUCUUGGAGACACCUGCUGAAGCGUGAACAUGGACAGCAGCAUGUGUUUAUGCCUUUCUGUAGACAGACUUUGUCAAUGCGACAGUAACUGUGGAAGAAAUUAGGAAACGAUACAGGUGUGUAGCUGAGGAUCUACUGAAGUCUAAUGUGUCAUGACUGCAUUGCCUACCUGUGAGUGUCGAAUCACCAGAAAACAAAGUGCUCAUAAAGAAGCAUCUCCACAAUCCUUUCAUUUCUGGGUGCCAAAUCCAAAACUUUCGAUUGUCUGUUCAUUGUAUGUAUAAGAUGUAUUUCAUUCUCAAACAAAUUACCAGGAAAUGUCAGCGACCCCUUAAUUGUUGAGAAGUGCUUUUGAAAUUGUGGUGCUGUUUGGGGUUUUAGUUAAGAGGUUUUUCGAAUUAUACAUAUAUUAGAAAUGUAGCUUGCACAUUGACUCGUGCUUCCAGGUAAACCAGGUGAAAAAAAAGAUUGCAGAAUUAUAUUCAAUCCGGCAAAUGUGCUUCUUUGUGUAAGAAAGUACAUUUUCCUCAGAGAAAAGAACAUAAAACUGCAUAAAAUACAGUUUGUUUCAAUGUUCAGAAAAACCUCUGUGAAACAAUUUUCUGGAUUUCCCUGUUUUUUUAAAGCUAUUUUUAUAUUUGAUAAACUUAUGAUUGAUUUCAAAUUUAAGAUAUGAUUUGUUUAAUUUGUUGUUUUAGGGAUUAAUUCAGAUUUAAGUCUUGAUUCAGAGUGGGACAACAUCUAUUGACAUUAAGUUUAAACAUCACUUACUUGUGUUCAUAAAACGUUCGCUGCAGACGAAGAAAAGUUAUUUCUCAACCGUGGGUUUUUGUCAAAAUCAUCAACAGAAUAAAAACAAAGAGUUUCCACUG